GGAACAAAUCUCUCUCUCUGUCCAACCCUUUUUAAAAAAAAAAUUGAUGCGCCCCACCCCAGUUCUCUCUCUGCGGAACAAAUCUCUCUCUCUCUGCGGAAAUUCUCCCUCUCCCUCUCUCGACCGAAGCUUCAUUUAUUUUCACCGUAAAUUGGUCGGCGCCGGAGAAGAUGGACCAACCGGAUGAGGGUCCUCCUGUUUUGUUGAGACCGGACAUAAUUAAUUCAACGUGGGACGUUGGCACAUAUUAUAAAAUAAAGUAUCUUAGCAAGGUAAAAUCUGUUUUGAAGGAAAAAGGUGGUCAACAGUUAUUAGAUUGAUUUAUAGGGGGUUGUUUUGGACAUUUUUUGGAUUGGAAUCCUGGUCCGAAAUGUGCAAUGGCCGUGCAUCAUGUGGUAUCCCGCCAAAUAAAAUCAUAUAAUAAUGAUCUCUGUUUUAAAUUGAAUAAUACUAAGGUUUAUUUAUCGAGGAGGGAUUAUGCUUUAGUGACCGGUCUUCAAUUUGGUGAUUUUAAUUAUGAUAUGUCACGUAAUCAUAAUUUGGAUGAAGUGGAAGUGUUUAGAAGAUUUAGUGGUGGUCAGUCUCAUGUGAAAGUGUCGUUUCUCGUUGAUCUUUUUGAAAAUUUUAAGAUUAAUGAUGAGGAUGGGAGUUUGCACUUGAAGAUUGCCUAUAUUAUAGUCUUAUAUGGACUUCUCGUAGGCUAUUAGACUGAUAAAACUGUUGAGCAUUGGGUUUGGGCAUUAGUGUAUGAUCUCGAUGCAUUUAACCGAUUUCCGUGGGGGGCGUAUAGUUAUAAUUUGUUAUGUCAUCAUGCCAGUAAAAUUUUCACAUCUAAGAAACAGUAUAAAUUUUAUGGACCUGUGUGGGCAUUGCAUGUGUGGUCGCUUGAGGUAAUGCCCGACUUAGGGCAGGUUGUCGGUAAAUGUGUGGCGGAGUUUGCGCACCCCCGAUGCUUAAAGUGGAAGUUGCGGAGUCGACCUUCUACAAAGGAGUUACACCCAUUCUUCGAGAAAGAGGAGCAACAAAUAUUGGAGCUUCAACCAGAUGAAUUUGAACUGACGACCAUGUACUACUUAUCUACACUUGGAUUUGAUUUGGGUCGACCGGGUGAAGAAGAUGAUAACCAGGAGGAAGAGCCUCAUCCAUCCGGCUCUUUGAAUGAUAUCCAUAGGGCACGGCAUGAAGAAACGCCUGAUUUGUUGUUUGAUGCCCCAAUUGAAACACAUGAAGUAUCGGCUCUACAUGAUACACCUAUUGGUGUGGAAGAUAUCCCCUGGACAGGGACUGAUAGACGGGUGCGGGGUUCAUCGUCCCGCGAUGGUUCUCGUGGAAAAGCUAGGGAAAAGCACGGUGAGCAAGCAAACCGCCGUGUAGACCGCGAGUACAUAGAUAAUGCUGUCAGGAGGAUUGAUGCGGCAAAUGAGGCGAGAAUGCAACGACACAGCGAUGCUUUGCAUGAACGGGUGAAGGGAACAUUGAAGUGGUUUUUGGACGAGUGGAAGGGUUUGAUGAGUUGUAAGAGUGCCCGCGCCACAGAUGUAUGUUCCCCUGUCCCUCGACCCACCCCGGCUCCCGAGGCAAGACCGGUAGAUGACGUACGCGACGAGGAUGCAGAGAUACGCGUUGAGGAUGAGGCAAUAUGUGACGAGGAUGCAGCUGGACUUCAAGUUCGUCAGGAUGAUACUGUGGAACAAUCGCCUUAUGUUCCACAGUUCUCUCAGUUUGAGUUUGGUAAUUGUUCAUUUUUGGGCACUGAUGGCCAGCUGCCUCAUUUCUCAAACCCGAUGGAUCAUAUUAGAGCAUGUGUGGAUUACAUGGGCGAGGUAAAAAUAUAAUUUUAAUUUAACAAA